AUGAUCAGCUAUCGCAACAACUUAGCAAGGCUAGCAAUGCAUCUACUGGACGCCACCAACAUUCCUCAGCCCAAAGGCUUGGACAUAUUCGACUUCGAUAAAGACAACUUCGAGAAGCGCAUGUCAGCGACGGCUCAGGUUAGGUGCAUCGCUGCCUGGCAGUCUCUCCAUACUGGAUUGCUACCCCGCCCUGUUGAAGAUGAGCAGCAACCACAAGGCCUCCCGUGGCACAAGCCAAACUGGUAUAUUGCUGCGGCCAUUACGCUUGAUAAGUCUAUCAAGACUAACGCUGAUAUUGAAGAUGCUGUGGAACGUAUGAGGGUUUACUACAAAGACCAUUGUCAGGAAUUCAGGACACUGCUCCACUACGAUGGUGAGCUGACACACAAGGAAGAACCUUAG